AUGUCUGUGGCCUUUUUGGGGGAAAAAGGUAAAGCCAUUGUCAAGAGGAGUACUUUUCUGAAAAGCAAUAACAGAUCGCAAACGUUUUUUCUAGAAGGCGAAAUAGACAAUAUAACUUAUAUUAACCCUGAUGAUGGGAGACUGUACGCAAUAAAACCAUUUAACUGGGCACAAAAACAUGAACACAAAUUGCAGGUGAAAACUCUAGAUUCUGAAGGAUCAGUGGUUGAAGGUCCACGUUCUGUUACUAUUAUUGUUGAUGACAUUAACGAUCAUCCGCCGGUGUUUAACCAGUCUGAAUAUUUUGGGAAAGUCCGGGAACAAUCCAGACCAGGCAUACCAUUUCUUACUGUUUAUGCCACUGAUAAUGAUGACCCAUCAACACCAAAUGCCCAACUGGUCUACAAAAUCACACAUCAGAUCCCAGACCCAGCCAAAGUCCCGUUAUUCCAGAUUACCAACUACACCGGGAGAAUUUCCACAACGAUAAACGGGUCUAACUAUUUGAAGGCAGAAGACCAGACCGAAUAUGAACUUCUUUUAAGUGUUUCUGACUUGGCUGAGCGACCCUUUAGCUCCAACGUAAAAGUCUACAUUACAGUGACAGAAAACCUAUGGAAAGAACCAAAACCCGUCGUUAUUGUGGAAAACUCUGUGUUGCCCCAUCCUCAUUAUAUAACUCAGGUGCGCUGGAAUGAUGACAAUGUCAUAUAUGAAUUACAGCAGAGAGAUAAAUACCCAAGCUUCCCCUUUAUCAUUGAUCAGAAUGGAGAUAUUAAUGUAACAGAGCCUCUGGACAGAGAGGAGCGAAAUCAGUACAUUUUUUAUGCUUUUGCAAAAACCAAUACUGGAUUUCCAGUGGCUAGACCCCUGAAAAUUGAGGUAAAUGUUGCUGAUGUCAAUGACAACCCGCCAGUGUGCCCAGCAGCAGAGGCUGUGUUUGAAGUCCAGGAAAAUGAAGAUAUUGGAAGCUAUAUUGGUACAUUUACAGCCACUGACAUAGAUGAGCCAAAUACAAGAAACUCGAUUAUACGUUACACACUUCUGGAACAGAUGCCAAAAAUACCAACAGCAAAAAUGUUUUUAAUCAAUGAAUAUGAUGGUCGUAUCCAACUAACAAGUGGUGGGCUAAAUAUCCUAGACAACGACCAGUACAGAUUGGAAGUGAAUGUUUCUGAUGAAGGGAGGCCAGUUCUUAGUAAUAUUUGUUGGAUAAGGAUUAAUAUAAUUGACAUCAACGACCACAUUCCCAUUUUUCAAACAUCUGAUUAUGGAAACAUAACCCUAAAGGAGGACAUACCUUUGGGAACUGUGGUAAUGAACAUAUCGGCCAGUGACGAUGACCAACCACAAACUGGAAGCUCUGACAUUAUAUACAAGAUCAUCCAGGGGGACCCAGGUCACAUGUUUAUUAUUGAUACAGAUCCUAAAGAUAAUCAAGGGUACAUCAAGGUAGCUAAGCCACUUGAUUAUGAAGCAUAUAAAGUACAUGAGCUGGUGAUAGAAGCCACAAACCCCGAGCCUUUGGUUGCAGGAGUACAUUACAAUGAUAGCUGCAAGACACGUUUAAUCAUAAACAUCCUCGAUGUGGAUGAGAGGCCAUUUUUUUUAGACACAGUAUACCAAGCAGAAGUUUUUGAGAAUGUCACCAUUGGAACAAAGAUAAUUACUGCAAUAGCCCUGGAUCCUGAAGGAGAUCAAAUAAAGUUUUCACUGGCAGAAAAUCCAAGGAACUGGCUCAGAAUAGAUGAAAAUACUGGAGCUGUCUACAGCAAUCUUGAACUAGAUCGUGAAACACAAAGCCACUACCAGGUGAAAGUGAUCGCCUCAGAAAAAAAUAACCCACAGAUGAGCUCCUGGGCAUACUUCCAUCUCUACCUGAAAGACGUCAAUGACAAUCCUCCCCGCUUGGUCAAGGACUAUUUGGGUGACUUCACCGUCUGCCAUCCAAUUUCUAAACCACAGUCGUUCGAGUUUCACGGAACCGACGAUGACUAUUCUCAGGUCUUGUCACUUAGAUUUCGACUUGGAGAUGUAAACUUGACAAACGAUUGGGAAAUUCAAUACGUUAACCGCACUUCUGCACGCCUGGCCAUGAAGCAUAUAAAAUUCCCAAAACAAAGCAUCUUUGUACCAGUUAAAAUCCAGGAUAACGGGAGACCUCCACUGGAAGCAACUGUCAACAUUCCAAUUCUGAUGUGCACUUGUACCGCUCAGAAUAAGUGUGAAACUGAACCUGCAGAUAGUAUGGGCUUACCAUCGGUUGGAAUGGCGCUUGGUAUCUUAUUUGGAGUUUUGGCUGUUAUAGGUAUAAUCAUUGCAGCUGUUUUUAUCUCAAUGAAGCAGAAGAAGAAGAAGCAAUCUGCGCAGGCAGGCACUCCUGCAGAACGAGAGAAAAUGCAGUCUUAAUACAUGGACUACCUAGCAGAUUCCCCCCACAU